AUGUCCAAAUUAACUCUCUACGACACCGCCAUCGUGCCCAUCAUCGGCACACUCAAGAACCUGUCGUCGAUUCUCAAAAAGGGCGAAGCACACCUGGACGCCAAGGGCCUCCCACACUCGACGCUCCUCGAGGCCCGCAUCGCGCCGGACAUGAACCCGCUGCCUUUCCAGGUGCAAACGGCAAGCAACACGGCCAAGUUCCUCGCCGUGCGCGUGGCCGGCGUGCCCAACGAACCCUGGGCGGACGACGAGAAGACCUUUGCGGAGCUGCACGCCCGGCUGGCCAGGACCAUCGCCUUCCUCGAGGCCGUGAAGCGCGAGUCGUUCGACGACAAGGAAGGCGUCGAGGUGACGUUGCGCGACUGGAAGUACACGGGCCUGAGUUACGUGACGGGGUUCGCGUUGCCGAAUUUCUAUUUCCAUGCCGUCACCGUCUACAAUCUGCUGCGGAUGAACGGGGUGGAGAUUGGGAAGAAGGACUGGGUCAACUAG